AUGUCCCAACGCCCAACAAUCCGCGCAGGCGCGCUGGCGCAGGCCGCGCGUGACACGCCCUUGGCAGCCGCAACCCUGCCGGCCGCCACGCCCGCAGCCACGCCGGCCACGGAACCCGCCCGGGCGGCAGCAGGCCUGCCCGGCACGCUCCCGCGCAACCUCGUGGCCUUGUCCAUCCUUAACCCCGACGGUACCGAGACCCUCGGCGUCAAGACGCCGGCUGGGGUCGUCGACGUCGCCGCCGCGUCGCGCGCGCUCGCGCUGCCCGCGCCGGCGACGCUCGAGGCCCUCCUCCGCGGCGGCAGCCAGGCCGACCUCGACGCGCUCGUCUCUGCGGCCGUCCAGCAAAAGGUCGCCCUCGUAAAUGAGGCCUCCAUCAAGCACGGCCGCCUGUUGACGAACCCCGGCAAGAUCGUGUGCGUCGGCCUCAACUACCGCCAGCACGCGGCCGAGAGCGGCGCGGCGCCGCCGCGGCUGCCGCCGCUGUUCAACAAGUACAACAACGCCCUCGCCGCGCACGGCGCAACCGUGAAGCUCCCGGCGAAGGACCUUGCCUACAAGAUUGACUACGAGACCGAGCUGCUCGUCGUCAUCGGCAAGGCGGCGCGUGACGUCAGCGUCGCUGACGCGCUCAACUACGUCGCCGGCUACUCGAUCGGCCACGACCUGUCCGCGCGCGACCUGCAGCUCGAGCUGCCCGCCGGCCAGUGGAUGAUCGGGAAGACGCUCGACGGGUUUGCCCCGAUCGGGCCCUAUUUCGUGUCAUCUGACCUGGUCAGGGACCCCGACGCGCUCCACCUCGAGACCCGGGUCAACGGCGUCCGCGUGCAGUCAGACAACACGAAGGACUUCAUCUUCGACGUGCCCUACCUCGUCUCGUACAUCUCAAAGCACUUCACGCUGCAGCCCGGGGACAUCAUCUUCACGGGCACGCCGGCCGGCGUCAUCCUCGGGCGCCCCAAGUCGCAGCAGCUGUGGCUCAAGGCGGGCGACGAGGUUGUGAGCGUGAUCGACAAGCUUGGGGAGCUGCGGUUCACCCUGGCGUAA